AUGCAAGACUUGCGAUACACUCAACUUCGCGAGGUUGACCCGAGUGCAGCGAAGGCGCAAAUGGAAGUCUAUGAACGAUACGUGCAGGAUCGUUUCGCUGUAAAGCCAUAUGACAUAUGCCCCACCGUAAACAUGCUCGUAAACGAAAUCGACUUCAUUGAGAUCAAGGAACCCGACGGUGACCUGCGAUGGAGAUAUGAUGCAGCCCUCACUCUUGCAAGGCAUAUGUAUCAACCACUGCUUAAGUACGGCUUCGGCAGGACUCCAUUGGACAACCCCACGUGCGUGGCACUGCAACAAGCCGAUAUCCAACUGGAUCACAUCAUCAGCGAUAUGCAUGAAAAUUUCGGAGACGAAGUGGAUUUGAGAGAAGUUCAUAAUUGGAUGGUGGCAAAUCAGAAUAUCCUUAAGCAACGUCAAGGUAUCACGGAAUACUACCCGGGUAGCAUAUGGCAGCUAGAACUGCGUCUUGGACGGGCCGGGUAG